CGCUGGGAUUUGGCUAGCUUUGACUGGAUAAGGUGCACAUUUGUCAGUCGUUUGGAAAUAUUAAACAAUGUUGUGAUAUUUGCCGAUUUUAGACUCCGACUUUUCAGCUAGCAUUUCGUAAUAUCAGAGUCGUUCCCCCCCCCAGUAACGACAAUAAGCAGCUGGUGGACUGAACUAAACUUGGCGUGGAAACGUGAGCACCGAAGAGGCUCGGGACAUCGGCUAUAGUGGAGCGGGACGCCGGUGUGAGGGGAGCCGGGAGCGGAGCGGUGUCGGUGAACCUACCCGGGCCGGUGGAGGACAGCAUGGCUGCGGGAAAGGGAACUGGGAAGCCCGCCUCGCUGUGGGACAAUAUGCAGUUGAGGUUUAUCGUUUGCUUUCUUGGAGUCUUCGUCUGUUACUUCUAUUACGGAAUCCUACAAGAAACAAUCACUCGGGGUGACUAUGGUGGGGAGAAGUUCACAUUUGCACGAACACUGGUCUUCAUCCAGUGCAUCAUCAAUGCUGUUUUUGCUAGAAUCUUAAUCCAGUGUUUUGAGGGCUCCAAACCAGAUCACACCAAGACUUGGAUCUACGGCUUGUGUUCCCUCUCUUAUCUCGGAGCCAUGGUGUCCAGUAACUCUGCUCUUCAGUAUGUCAACUACCCCACACAGGUGUUGGGAAAAUCCUGCAAGCCAAUUCCAGUGAUGAUUCUCGGUGUUACGAUACUGAGAAAGAAAUACCCUCUGGCUAAGUACCUGUGUGUGCUGCUGAUCGUCAGCGGCGUUGCCUUGUUUCUCUACAAACCCAACAACAGCUCGGCUGUGACGGAUGACCAUAUUUUCGGCUUUGGAGAGAUUCUCCUUUUGGUCUCUCUGACGUUGGACGGCCUGACUGGUGUGGCCCAGGACCACAUGAGAGCCCGCUACCAGACGAGCGCCAACCACAUGAUGCUGAACAUCAACAUGUGGUCCAUUCUGAUACUGGGACUGGCGGUGCUGUGGACCGGAGAAGUGUGGAAGUUCCUGACUUUCACCGAGCGCCACCCCAGCAUCAUCUACAAUAUUCUUCUGUUUGGUCUGACCAGUGCUUUGGGUCAGACCUUCAUCUUUAUGACGGUGGUGUACUUCGGACCUCUGACCUGCUCCAUCGUCACAACUACGAGGAAGUUCUUCACCAUCCUCGGCUCGGUCAUCCUGUUUGGUAACGUCAUGAGUGGGACGCAGUGGAUCGGCACCGUCCUCGUGUUCCUUGGUCUUGGUUUGGAUGCUAAAUUUGGCAAAGCUCCCAAGAAGACAAUGCACUAAAACACCCCCAGAGAGCACAAGAGCAUCAACGGACGAUUGCAAGACAAAUUAUAAUACUCUAUAAUAUGUUUUUUUUAUUUUAUUUUAGAAGAUGUACAGAAAACUGUAUGUGCCUAUGUUUUGUUAAAGUAGGGCCAGAUGUUUAACUGUAUAAAAGAGUUAUCGUUUCCAACUUCCUGUGCUUGAACUGAACAGAUGUUUUACGUUGAUUGAAACCCAGAAUGAAUUGUGGUGAGCCUUCAACAUGAAAAACAAACGUUUUAAUGUAUGUGGAGGAAUGAUUGGGGGGCGGGGCUCGACUGAAACCAGCUCACAUGACUGAGGUAAAUGUUGAACCAAACUAGACCUAAAAAAUGUUUCAAGCAAAAAAUGAUACCAAAUGUUUUACAAAUUGAUGCUUAAAUAUGUGUAAUGAUCACAUGUUGUUUACUAUCUGUAAAACAGCAAAGUAUAUCGUUUUAAAAACUGUAAACAGUUGUAUGUAGGCUGUUAUGUUCAAUAUUAUUGAAUUGUUUCUACUUUUUUUUCUUCUAAAAGUUAUAAAAAUAACUUGCCAUAAAA